CUUUUUUUUUUUUUUUUUUUUUUUUUUUUUUUUUUUGUGACAACUUAAUUUUGUGAAUCAUAAUUGUUAGAAAAUCAUGUAAUAUUUGUUUAAUGAUGUUCAUGAAUACUUAAUUUCAGGUUGUGGCAUUGAGAGGGAAGAUAACCACAAACAUUAAGGACACGACAGAUGUCUCUUCAGUACCAAUGGCUAAUCUAACUAAGGACACGGCAUGUGUCUCUUCAGUACCAACGCAAAGAAAAAUCCAAUUGGGCAAGUCUACUGCACAGAAAAAAUCAGCAGUCCAUAAUCAGCAAGAGAAAGAGGUUGAGAUUGGGAAUGGUGUCCAAACUAAGACAAGUCAGAGUAAGACAGUGGUUGCUCCUGGUUCACUCAGUGCUUAUAGGCAAAUGCAAACACAGUUGCUAGAAAAAGAGAGGAGAGCAAAACAAAGUGAUUUAUUACUACGACGAAAACUACAACCUAUUAACAUGGCUAGUUCAUAGCCUAUUAAUAUGGCUAGCUCACAAGUGCAUUUAGGGAGUUCACAAGCACAAAGUUUUUCACAGCCACAAAGAUUUAGACAUGACUUACAGGAAGAUUACGAGAAUCAUAUGGGUGCAAAUGAACGUAAUUUGGAACAAUAUGUAGAUGAAGACGAUGAGUUCAGUGAUGAUUUGAGUACUCUUACCCCCGAGGAGCUAGGAAUGCAAGAUGAACCACUAAUGAAUCAAGAGCACGAAAGUGAAUAAAUAGCACUUCCAAAAAGGAAGCGAACCAGAGGACCAACUAUGUGUAAAGAUGUCCAUGAAUGGACAUUAGAGGAGCGUAAGCCUAUUGUUCUUAAUGAAAUGGGAAAGCCUAUUGGUCCUGAUGAUAAGACUGUAAAUACAUUUACAAGAUUCUUAGGGACUUUAGCUCGUAAUUUUUCUCUAGCGCCGUUGAACAAGAUUAAUUGGCAUUACGUUCCACACAAGGAACAAUUUGGAGUUACGUGAAGAAGAAAUACGUUAUUGCGGAUGAAGGUAAAAACUGUGUUUUGUCAACCGUGGGAAGGCUUUGGUGUAGAUAUAAAUGUAGUGUAAAGGCAACACACUUUACUCCGUACGACAAUGAUGGUGAUAGGUUGGAAAAUCCUCCUAAUACAAUUCCGGAAGCACAUUUCAAAGAGUUGCUAGAAUUUUGGAAUUUGGAACAAGUCCAGGAAGAUAGCAAAAAGAAAAGGGAAAUAAGUAUAGAUCAAAAUGAUAGGCACACUAUGGGUCCUAUGACUUUUGCGAGGAAACAACAUAAAUUGCAACAACUAGAUGUUGAAAACAAGCCACCAUCCUUAGCACUCAUGUACAAAGAAAGUUGUAAAAGGAAAGCAGACAAAAAAUACAAAACAUCUUAUGAGCCCACCCAAAGUAACAUUGACAAGAUGGAUGAGGUACAAAUUCAAAGUGAAAUUGAUGGAGAUGUUGCAUACUAUGAAGUAAUGAAUAAACCAAAUAACUUUAGCCAUAGAAAAAAGCAACCGGGGAUAUGUUCACUAAGGGGAAAGAGCAACAAACUAAUAAUUCCCGAUGAGUUCUUAAAGCCCUAUAAAGACCAAAUUGUGAAAGAAACUGUAGCAGAAUUAAUGAAGACGCUCAAGCAAAUUGAUCCUGAAGUGUUGGAAACUUUGACUCGAUCACUUGAAAAUGUGUCAUCCAAUCCAGAACUUACAGAUCAUAUUCCCAUUGUACACUCUAAUGAAGAACAACGAAAUGAGACUGCUGCUAGCAGCUUAUGUUACUACUUCUGCCAUUCGGCACAUCGAACUUAAUUUUCUUUGUGUUUGGAUUAUUAUAUUGUUUGGCCAAACAUUAAAAUGGGUGUUUAUGGAUUUUUUU